AUGGUGUCAAUCAAUGGCUUUGUAGGAAUUACUGGUAAAAAGUGUAGCACAGUGGAAGGUCUGCCACAUAUAGAUUGCAUCUAUGUGGAACAACUAAAGGUUAAACAGAGUGUCCAUAGUCCUUAUGGCCUGGAUGAUUGCCUGCAGCAGUAUGUCCAUAAAUUUGAACGGGAGAAGAUAAAUGGUGAGCAGCUGUUACAGAUUUCUCAUCAGGACCUUGAAGACUUGGGUAUCUCACGGAUUGGUCACCAGGAACUGGUUCUAGAGGCUGUGGAUCUCCUGUGUGCACUGAACUAUGGCCUUGAAACAGACAAUAUGAAGAACUUGGUUCUCAAGCUGCGAGCGUCAUCCAACAAUCUGCAAAACUACAUCAGCAGCCGUAGGAAAAGUUCAAAUUAUGAUGGAAAUACCUCUCGCAAGCCCCCCAAUGAAUUCCUGACCUCUGUGGUAGAGCUUAUUGGUGCUGCUAAAGCCUUGCUUGCAUGGUUAGACAGGACCCCAUUUACAGGUAUCGCUGACUUUUCAUCAAUGAAGAACAGAAUCAUUCAGCUCUGCUUGGAUCUCACUACGACUGUUCAGAAGGACUGCACUGUGGCUGACAUGGAAGAUAAAGUUCAGACUGUAGCGAAGACUUUAAAUGGCAUCUGUGAUAAAGCUAUUCGAUCAACUACAGAUCCAUUGAUGAGCCAGUGUGCAUGUCUGGAGGAGGUUCAUUUAACCAACAUUAAACCUGGGGAAGGCCUGGGAAUGUACAUCAAAUCAACUUAUGAUGGAUUACAUGUAAUUACUGGGACUACAGAAAACUCCCCUGCUGAUCGAUCUCAGAAGAUUCAUGCUGGUGAUGAAGUGAUCCAGGUUAAUCGGCAGACUGUGGUUGGAUGGCAACUAAAAAAUCUGGUGGCAAAGUUGCGUGAGAAUCCUGCUGGAGUUAGGCUGCUGCUGAAGAAACGUCCUACUGGCUCUUUCCAUUUCACUCCUGCUCCGCUGAAGAACCUGCGCUGGAAACCUCCCUUGGUGCAGACCAAUCCUCUGCCAACUCCAGUCCAGCCACCUGAAAGCACCAUGGAUACCUCACUGAAAAAAGAGAAGCCAGCCAUUUUGGAUCUGUACAUACCACCUCCACCAGCUGUUCCGUAUUCUCCUCGAGAUGAAAAGGGGAGUUUUGUGUAUGGAGGAGGCAACAAACCCAGUCAGCCGCUACCUAGGUCUAAAGGCGCCGAGUCUCCCAACUCUUUCCUGGAUCAGGAGAGUCGAAGGCGAAGGUUUACCAUUGCUGAUUCAGAUCAGUUGCCUGGGUACCCCAUGGAAGCAAAUAUCCUACCAGCCAAGAUGAGGCAAAAAACACCGUCCUAUGGAAAACCUCGUCCGUUGUCAAUGCCUGCUGAUGGGAGCUGGAUAGGAGCUGCAGAACCCUUCUCGAGGCCACGAGCACCAGGGAGAAAAGGUUUUCUUUCAUCUUCUUUGAAACCAUUCAUGGAAGCUGAUGGCAACACUCUCGUUCCCUUGCGUCAGAAGACAAAAAAGAAAAGUCAAGGAUUCUUUAUAAUGAGCCGACGGAGGAUAUCGUGUAAAGAGCUGGGGCAAGCCGAUUGCCAAGGAUGGCUCUACAAAAAGAAGGAAAAAGGAGCUUUCAUUGGCAACAAAUGGAAAAAGUUCUGGUGUGUGCUGAAGGAGUCAUCUCUGUAUUGGUACAGCAGUCAGCUGGCUGAAAAAGCAGAAGGAUUUAUUAGACUUCCAGACUUCAGCGUGGAUCGAGCAAUUGAAUGUAAAAAAAAGCACGCUAUUAAGAUCAGCCACCCACAUAUCAAGACGUUUUAUUUUGCAGCAGAAAAUGUUCUGGAAAUGAACACGUGGCUAAGUAAGCUGGGGAUGGCUGUGGACCCUCAGGCACCCAAUGGAAAGAAUGAGGAAGAAUGCUACAGUGAGAGUGAGCACGAUGAUCCAGAAAUAACAGACACGCCACCUCCCCCUUACGCAGUCCAGCCACCACCUCCUUCUUCUUUGGAUCAGCAGAAGUCUUCUUUCACCUCGACUCUGUCAAGUGAAGCAUCUUGUUCCCUCUCAUCUCCUGAAAGCACUUUCAAUUCCCAAGAAUCAUCUUCUUCCUUGAUGUCCAAAGUGGUUUAUUCUGAGAGGCAGUCUUGGCUUGACCUAGUUAACAGCUCUGCCACAGAAGAGGGUGAUCAGCCAUUAACUUUCUGUGUCCAGAUUCACUCUGAUGAGCCACCAGAAAUAGACUGUGGAGAAGAGGCAGAAAGCCAAGAGGUCCAUCUUUCCAAAGCCAGUGGUGGAUCCCAAAACUCUUUUUUAGCUCCAGAUACACAUUGUCUAGCUGUGCCAGACGCAACAGGACAGAGAUCACUAGCCAAAGAUCAGGAAAAAUGUGAUGAUGAUGAGAUGGAGAGACUUUACAAGUCAUUAGAACAAGCAAGCCUGUCUCCCAUUGGUGAUCGUCGGCUGUCAACAAAGAAGGAACUUAGGAAGUCAUUUAUUAAACGCAGCAAAAAUCCCUCCAUUAAUGAGAAACUCCACAAAAUUCGAAUGCUGAACAGCACACUAAAGUGUAAGGAACAUGACCUGGCCACAAUUAACCAGUUGCUAGAGGACCCAAAGUUGACGGCAAUGAAGUACAGAGAGUGGAGGAACACAAACAUCAUGCUGGUCCAAGAUAUUUAUCAGCAGCAGGAGGUCCAGGAUGUGUCCACAGAGAAUAGUGAGGAGCAAGAGGUGACUCCACAGCCCAUUGCUGAAAGUGCUAUCUGA